AUGACCGCUAAAUUUCGUUAUCGACAACCUGAAAUCCCAAUCAAAAUUUUUCCAAUGACAGAUUUUAAAGAAUUAAAAGUAGAAUUUUCUGCACAGCAAAGAGCGAUUACCCCCGGGCAGUAUGCUGUUUUUUAUCAGAACAAUAUUUGUUUAGGUGGGGGAGUUGUAGCGGAAACAGAAAAAGUUAAGGAAGAUUGCAAACCA